UUUUUUGUAAAAAAAAAACAAAAAAUCUUAAUUUUAUUUAUAAUUAAAAUAGUUUAAAUAAAAAAAUGGCUUCACUUCCAAAUGUUAGUGUUUGUCGAACUUGUUUAAAACAUUCCAAAAAUAUGCAAAAAUUAAGUGAUUUAUUUGAAAAUGAUAACAAAAUCGAAGAUAUCCUUAAACAAACCAUUCCCAAUUUUGUGUUGAAAAUUGGUGAACUUCCAUUGCCUGAAGAAAUAUGUAAACCGUGUCUUAAUAAGCUAAAAAAAUCCUAUGAUUUUGUACAAACAUAUCAUAAAAGCAAUAAAGAAUUGCUAAGUAUUUGGAAACAACAGAUGGGGAAAGUGGAAAACUGCCCUGAAGAUAAGGAAAUGAAUUUUAAGUCAGAACUAGAGGAAGAAUUUAGAUUUAACGUUACUGCCGAUAUGAGUUCAAUGCAAGACAUUGAAGAGAUAAAAUUUGAAAUGGAAGAACCAAGUGAGAGUACUUUUGAAGAUAAAAAUCAUAUUCAAAGGUGUAACAGUAAUAUUAAUCAUCCACAAGACUUUGCAGAGACAAAACUUGAAAUAGAAAAAUCAGAUAACAGUCAAAUGGCAUGCACUAGCAGUUCAGAGGAUUGUUGGCCUUUUCAGGAUAAAAAUAAUAGUGAAAGCAGUUGCAGCGAUAAUGAUACAUUAGCUUCAUCAGCAACUAAAAAACCCAAAAGAAUUUAUCACCAAAAAGUAGCUACAAAACGUUCAAACACCAAAACUUGUCUACAUUGUAAUGAAGAGUUCAGCAGCAGAACAUUAUUAACUAAACAUUUGGAUGUACACGAUCCUGCCUAUGAAUUUGUUUGUCAUUUGUGUAGCUAUCGUUUUUCUACUGAAAGAAAACUAAAAAAUCACUUAAUAUGGAUACAUAAAUUUAAAACUAGAAAUUUAGAUAAAGGACAUUAUGAUUGCGAAUACUGUCGUAUAAAAUUUUAUGAAAAAAUCGAAUGGUCAAAUCAUGAUUGUAUGAAAAUGAAACGGAAUAGAAAAUUGUGUAGCUUUUAUUUUGAUGUUUGGCCACGAAAACCACAAAAUGAUGAAGAACGCCAUGAAGAAAUAAAAACUCACUUGGAUGACAAACAAACGGCGACAGAGUUAAAUUUUAAAUGUCCUACUUGUGAUCAAAUGUUUCCCGAAGAAAAUCAGCUGAAAUAUCAUAUUAAUGAACAUAUGGGCUACAAAAAAUUACAUUGCAAUAUAUGUGAAAAGAUUUUUAUCACUAGCUUGGCCUUAAGAGAACAUAAACUUGAUCAUGUGAAUAAAGAACAAUUUUUAUGUCCACACUGUGGUAAAUCUUUUAAAACUGCGAAUAUAUUACGUUUACAUGUUGUAAGACAUGGUGACAGAAAAUACCACUGUGCAGAAUGUCCAAUGAAGUUUUAUGUUCAAUCAAAACUAAAUGAACAUAUGAGCGUACAUACCAAACUAAAACCUUAUAUAUGUAAUGUUUGCGAUAAAACUUUUGCCCGUCCUUCAUCAUUAAAAGCCCAUAAGUUUAUUCAUACCGGAAAAAGGCCUUUUCAAUGUGAUUUAUGUAAUAUGUGCUUUGCUUUUAAACGCCACUUGAAGAGACAUAAAAUCACUCAUACUGGAGAAAAACCUUACGCCUGCACCUAUUGUGAUCGUGCUUAUGCUUCCAGUGGUGAUUUAGUUAAACAUUUACGUUCGCAUGUGGGUGAUAAAACCUAUUUUUGUGAUCAAUGCCCCGAGGCUUUCAAAUAUUCCAUUGAACUUAAGGAUCAUAAACUUAAACAUUAUAAAGAAAAAUUACCAGAAAAUAACGAUUAAAAAUCACAAUUAUUUAACGGCUGCAGCAGGUGUCAGUGACACUUUAUUUUAAAUUAUAUACAAAACAAAGGAAAUCUUAGUGAAAUUAUGAUAUUACAAAUCUAUAUGUAUGUAUGUUUUUUUUUCUAAAAAAUUUUAAUGUAUUAUAUAAAUAAUAUAUGUAGUUUUUAACAUA